AUGGUCACAAUCCAGUACGAUUUAUACUACAAUUUUGCCCAAGAUAAAGAAGGAAAUCCUCCUAGGAUAAUUUGUCAUGAUGAGGUUGACCCAUUACCAUCAUUUAUCAAGAGGAUAAUUAAACGAUUGGUGACCUGGCAUAUACUUCCGGCAGAUUGUAUCCCAAACAGCUGUAUAGUUAAUAUCUACGAAGUUGGUGACUGUAUCCCUCCACACAUCAAUCAUCAUGAUUUUGCAAGGCCAUUUUUCACAGUAUCAUUCAUAAAUAAAUGCAAUAUCAUGUUUGGAACAAAAAUUCAGAUCGUUGGUGACGGAGAAUUUCAAGGUUCCGAAGAGAUUCCUUUUCCUGUGGGCUCUGUGUUGAUAUUGAAGGGAAACAGCGUUGAUGCGGCCAAACACUGCAUCCAUGGUGUGUCAUAUCCGAGAGUUUCAAUAACCCUCAGACGGAUGAAUGAGGAUAAGGUACCAUUCCAGUUCAGACCUGAUCCUGAGAUCGAGAACUUGCGGCCUUUUGAGUUGUAA